UAGAACAGAAGUCACCAUGCUGGGCUUUGUGAUUCUCCUCUGGAUCAGCUUUAGCCUCCUUAUUCUGCUCUUCAGAACUAGGAGGCCCACAAACUUCCCCCCUGGACCUGGGCCCAUCCCAAUUUUCGGAAAUCUGCUACAGCUGAACCUGGAAAGUCUUCCCAGCGAUCUCACAAAGCUGUCAGAGCGCUAUGGGAAGGUCUACAGUAUCUAUCUUGGAAGCAAGUCAGCUGUGGUGCUCAAUGGCCUGCAGGCAAUGAGGGAAGCACUGGUCACUCAAUCUGUGGAGUUUGUUGGACGACCCAAGGACCUUAUGGUGAAUCAUCUAACAGAGGAUACAGGUAUUAUCAUGACUGAUGGGUCAAUGUGGAAGGAGCACCGGAGAUUUACUCUCACAACCCUACGAAACUUUGGCAUGGGGAAACAUACCAUGGAGGAGAGGAUUCUGGGAGAGAUUUCCUACAUAGCCUCACAAUUGGAAAAGAAUGCUGGUAAGCCUACAGACCCCCAGACCCUACUCCACAAGGCCACAUUCAAUGUUAUCUGUAUGGUCCUGUUUGGGACUCGAUUCAAGCACGAAGAUGAGUUUCUGCAGCUCACUAUUCGCAAUUUGAGGGAAAGCUCAAGGAUCAUCAAUGGCCCCUGGUCGAUGAUUUAUGAAAUGUUGCCCCUGCUGAGGUAUCUGCCUCUGCCCUUCCAGAAAGUUUUUGAGAACAGGAUAAUUCUCAAAAAGCCGCUGGGUGACCAGGUGUCCCAACACAAGGAGUAUCGGGUCCCAGGAGAGCCACGGGACCUAAUUGACUGCUACCUAGAUGAAAUGGAAAAGAGGGGAGACGAUGGCUCCUCCUUCAGUGAAUAUCAGCUGGUCAGUUACCUGUUGGACAUCCUCUUUGCUGGAACAGAGACCAGCGCCAACACACUACUCAGUGCCUUUCUGUACAUCACGACUCACCCAGAUGUUCAGGGUGAGUUAUUGGUUGCGUUUCUCUGGUUGCCUCUGCAUGAGACUGAAUUGCUCACAGCUGCAACUGCCUUUAUGGUUGAGAACAGCCUCUCCCAGCUCAAUGACGUGUGCCAUUUCUCCCUGUGGUCUCCAGAGAGGUGUCAGAAGGAGAUCGAUGAGGUGCUUGGGGAGAAGGAGCAGGCCACAUUUGAGGACAGGCACAGGAUGCCCUACACACAGGCCAUGAUCCACGAGAUUCAGCGAGUCGCCGACACAGCACCUCUCGCUGUGUUCCAUGCCACCACCAAAGACACACGGCUGAUGGGCUACGAUAUCCCCAAGGGAACCAUCAUCAUCCCCAACCUCUCCUCAGUACUGAAUGAGGAAAGCCAAUGGAAGUUUCCUCAUGACUUCAACCCCUCCAACUUCCUAAACGAUCAGGGGGAGUUUGUGAAGCCAGAGGCCUCCAUGCCUUUCUCUGCGGGGCCUCGGCUGUGUCCAGGAGAGGGUCUCGCACGCAUGGAGCUCUUCUUGAUUCUCGUGACACUCUUACGCCGCUUCAAGUUUGUCUGGCCUGAAGACGCAGGGGUGCCUGACUACACCCCUAUUUUUGGUGCGAAUCACACACCCAAACCGUACAGAAUGGGUGUUAAAGUAAGAGGCAGUUCAAAUCAGUGAAAUUGGCCUUGAAAAUUACAGUUUGUGUGUGUACGGGAGAGCAGGGUAAGUUGUCACAUGAGUAAAUUGUUACACUGUUAAUUUCUUCAAAACAACAGGGAUUAUCACAAAAAUCUAAUAGUAUUUUUAUGCUCUGAGGUAUGGUCACAUGUGGUCAGUCACACUAAUCUGAAGCGAGGACAGUUUUCUUAUUUUUCUUACUUACUUUUUUAGGUACAAAUGUUAAACAGAUAUAUAGGUUUGUACCACAUAGAGGAGAUGAUAAAGUAUCAUCUCAUACAUAAGGUGACCUUGAGAUAUAGUCAUAAUUAACAAACAUGUCAGUUUGGGGUAAGUCUCACAUUUCCCCACUACAAAUUGACAUAUUGAAUUGCUCUAAAAUCAUGGUGAUAGUGUGUAAUCAGCACCUCGGUGAUAUAAUAGUACAAAUGUUAUUGUAAAUGGAUUAGGUAUACUGUACAAUGCAAGACAGGCUUUCAUCUGAGUCUGACUAUCAGAUAAAUGUUCGAACC